AUGGCUGCAUUCGGUCAGCAGCCUGGCGCCAUGAUUAGCGAGGCGGGCGCACACCAUCGCCGAGGGCCGCUCGCGAUAGCCAGGCCUCUCAUCGAUGUCGUGACGUCAGCGGCGCCGAAGGCCCUCAACGGCAAGGUCCCGGUGCCCACGCCGGAGUGGCUGAAGGGAACAAUACCUGCGCUGCUGUAUGGCGCCAUCGCCGUCGCCAUGGGCUUCAUCAACAAGGCCACGCUGCAGGAGUUCCCCCUCCCUCUCACGGUCCUCGUCCUCCAGAUGGCGGCGACGAUCGUCGCACUGUGGGCCCUCCAGCUGGCUGGGUACGUCGACCGCUUCGAGGUCACGUUCGAGCGCUGCAGGCAGCUGCUGGUGGUGACGCUCCUCUACACCGCCAACACAGGCUUCGCGUUGAUGGGCCUGCGGACGCUGAACAUUCCGAUGUACAACGCGCUGAAGCGCAUGACGCCGAUCCUCGUGCUCGGGUUCCACUCGUACUACGGCCGCAAAAGACCCCCCCUGGAGAUCGUGUCCUCCGUGGCGCUCAUCGUGAGCGGCUGCGUGGUCGCCGGCCUCGGCGACCUCACCUUCGACCUCCUCGGAUACAUCUACGCGCUGUCGUCGUGCGUCCUCCAGGCGUCGUACCUGCUCGUGGUCGAGAAGUCCGGGGUGGAGCGCGGCGCCACGACGUCGGAGCUCCUCUAUUUCAACGCCAUCCUAUCACUCCCGAUUCUCCUAGUUCUGAUGGUGCUGACGGGCGAGGCGUGGACGGUGUGGGGGCAGUACGCGGAGGCGCACGCGCGGCAUGUCGGCCUGCCGUGGCUGCUGAUCGGAUGCAGCUUCAUGGGCAUGGCGUUGAACUACUCGCUGUUCCUCUGCGCCAUGUACACGUCCGCGCUGACGACGACGGUGGUGGGCGUGCUCAAGGGGGUGGUGACGACGGUGGGGGGGUUCUUCCUCCUCGGGGGGGUCCACCCGACCCCGCUGAUCCUCAUCGGGAUCUGCAUGAACUCAGGCGGAGGCGUCUGGUACUCGUGGGCCAAGUACAAGUCGAAGCAGCGGAGCAAAAUGUCGAACCGCAACCUCAUCCCGCUGACGACGGCGGACCAGAACGGCAAUUCCGGGCGGACGAGCAAGUCCGGGGAGUCGAUGCGAUGGGGCCAGGAUGGACGGCCAGUGAGCAAAGUGUAG